GAUUGGAGGAUGGGGUCAUAUGACUGGUCACGUGGUGGAGGCAGCUGUCCAAAAGAAAAUGGGGUUUGGUGUAAAUCUGGGGGUGUAAUGUUAUCAUAUAUCACGCUACCUCGUAAAACCGACACCGAAACCUACCGGACAACAAAUCACAUCAAAAUUAUGAGUUCUUCGUAUUAUGUGAACGCUCUUUUUAGCAAAUAUACGGCGGGGGCUGCUUCUCUCUUCCAAAAUGCGGAGCCUACGGCGUGCUCCUUUGCUACCAACUCCCAGAGAAGCGGCUAUGGACCCGGCGCCAGCGCGUUCACCUCCUCCAUGCCUGCCUUGUACAAUGUGAACAGCACCAUAUAUCAAAAUCCGUUCUCUUCCGGAUACAGCCUGGGCUCAGACGCCUACAACUUGCACUGUUCCUCUUUUGAUCAGAACAUUCCCGUCCUCUGCAAUGACUUAACCAAAUCCAGCUGUGAGAAAGCGGAGGAAAGCAACCUGCACAGCCAGGCUGAGAGUAAUUUCCGGAUAUACCCCUGGAUGAGGUCUUCAGGUCCCGAUCGGAAGAGAGGGCGCCAGACUUAUACCCGUUACCAAACCCUUGAGCUGGAGAAAGAAUUCCAUUUCAACCGCUAUCUCACCCGGCGGCGGCGGAUAGAGAUUGCCCAUGCCCUGUGCUUGACGGAGAGGCAGAUCAAAAUCUGGUUUCAAAACCGGCGCAUGAAAUGGAAAAAGGAGCAUAAAGAAGAAUCCGCCGGUGGCGCCGCGGCGGCCAAAGACGGCACAUCAGCAGCAGCCUCCGUGGAGAAAAUCGAGGAGGAGGAAGAGGAGGAAGACGAAGAGGAGGAAGCGGAAUGA